AUGCUGAAUCUUGUCAGAUCUCGAAAUGUAAAACAUCUUCCAGGGCUUUUAUCGAUCAAAAGAUUUCCAAAGACGACAUCAAAAUACAAGCAUAAAGAGCUUCGUUGUUAUGCUAACAGUAUUUUUAGCACUUUGAAAUUUAAUUUUAGAAGAAUGUUCAGCGAAACAGGAAAUUUUAUGGUUCAAGGUAAAUCAACUAACUAA